CAAAACAUAUAUAAUUAUUUUUUUUUCCGCAAAGUUGCAGCAUUUGGUCUUUCUUUCCGCAUUUUCCGGUGUCUUUUUUGUUUUCCGGCAAGUCAAUUCAUUUUGACCUUCAAAAAGUCAAACUUUCUGUUUGAUCUGUAAUGAAUCUCCGGCGUUAGCUAUCUCCGCCCACAGAUACUACGUCGUUUUCAGUAUUUCCAAUUAGUUAUGAAGAUUCCGGUUAACUCCUCCGGCGGAUCCACUUUAACUACCACUAUUCCCGGCGAUGGGGGAGAAAAAACACGGUUAAUAAAUCCGGAGCUAUGGCAAGCGUGUGCCGGACCUCUGGUCAACUUACCGGCCGCCGGCACACACGUUGUUUAUUUCCCUCAAGGCCAUAGCGAACAGGUCGCCGCAUCUAUGAAGAAGGAUGUGGAUGCUCAAAUUCCAAACUAUCCCAGUCUUCAGUCGAAAUUGUUAUGCAUCCUUCAUAGCAUCACAUUGCACGCUGAUACAGAAACAGAUGAAGUAUAUGCUCAGAUGACACUGCAACCUGUUCCUUCGUUUGAUAGAGAAGCAUUAUUAAGGUCAGAUCUGUUGAUGAAAGCACACAAGCCACAAACCGAGUUCUUUUGUAAGACGUUAACAGCCAGUGAUACAAGCACUCAUGGAGGAUUUUCUGUUCCUCGUCGAGCAGCCGAAAAAAUCUUCCCACCUCUUGAUUUCUCAAUGCAACCGCCUGCACAGGAACUUAAGGCCAGAGAUUUACACGACAACAUAUGGACAUUUCGUCAUAUCUAUCGUGGGCAACCAAAACGUCACUUGCUCACAACUGGUUGGAGUCUCUUUGUUAGUGGGAAAAGGCUUUUUGCAGGGGACUCGGUAUUAUUUAUAAGGGAUGAAAAGCAACAGCUUUUAUUGGGUAUUAGGCGAGCUAACAGACAACCAGCAAACUUAUCGUCAUCAGUUUUGUCGAGUGAUAGUAUGCAUAUUGGAAUAUUAGCUGCGGCCGCCCAUGCAGCUGCAAACAACAGUCCUUUCACUGUGUUCUAUAAUCCAAGAGCAAGUCCUUCCGAAUUUGUGAUUCCAUUAGCCAAGUACUAUAAAGCAGUCUGCAGUAAUCAAAUAUCUCUCGGCAUGCGCUUCCGGAUGAUGUUUGAAACUGAAGAGUCCGGAACGAGAAGGUAUAUGGGUACGAUUACUGGUAUCAGCGAUCUUGAUGCUGUAAGAUGGAAGAACUCACAGUGGCGUAACUUACAGGUUGGCUGGGAUGAAGCAACUGCUGGGGAUAGACGUAACCGUGUGUCAAUAUGGGAGAUUGAACCUGUUACCGCUCCCUUUUUUAUCUGUCCAACUCCUGCCUUCUACCAAUCGAAACGUCCAAGGCAAGGAAUGAUGGGUGAUGAAUCUGUGGAUCUUGACAACUUCAAGAGAACAAUGCCAUGGCUCGGUGAAGAUAUGUCCAUGAAGGAUCCUGGCCUAAGCUUAGUCCAAUGGGUGAACAUGCAGCAAAAUCCAUCUAUGGCCAUGGCUAAUCAAAUCCAACCUAGCUACUUGAACCCGUUGGCGGGAUCGGUUUUGCAAGGUUAUGGUGGACCGCAAAUGCUUACUCAAAAUAACCUACAAUAUAAUAGUCAACGACCAACGUCACAGAUCGAUCAACUACAGAAGCUACCCCAACCUACCACCACAAAUCCAUUAGCCAUGAUGAUGCAGCCACAACAAUUGACUGACCUGAGCCAGCAAUCGGCUAGGCAAAAUCUGAUUAAUCAGAUGCUGCCUCAGAACCAAGUUCAGUCACAGAUUCAAUCUCAAAAUAUUCUACAACUACAACAACAGCAGCAACAACAGCUGCAACAACAUCAACAGCAGCACCAGCAGCAUCAACAACAACAGCAGAUGAUGAUGGCAGCCAGUCAAAGUCAACAGAAAGUCCAGUUGCCAUCCCAGUUUCCUGAUCAACAACUUAAUCAAAAGUUACAGAUGCCAGAUAAUCAAAUUCAACUUCUACAAAAACUUCAGCAGCAGCAAUCACUUUUUCCACAGCAAGGACAUCCCCAAGAUCAAAAUUUUACAAGGUCAAUUUCAACCACCCAAAUGAUGGAAAUACCCUCUCAAACACCCAUCACAUCACUACCUCAACAGAUGCCGAAAGAUAAUAAUGAACAGAAUUUUAGAUUUUCCAAUCUUUCUCAGCAACCAAAGCUUCAACAUCACCAACAGGAUUUGUCAGGGCAGAUGACAGGUCCCUCUCAGAUACCUGCCAAUCAGCUCUCAACAAAUGGCAGUAGUUUAUUGACUGGAACUGGCAGUGAUGAUGGUCCAUCAUGUUCCACAUCACCCUCAACUAAUAACUGCCCAAACGUCGUUCCAUCUAUGAUCAAUGGUAGAUCCUACCAAAGUACAACUGUGAAUAGUGAUCAUCUGAUGAAUAGCAGUGGUUUGGAAACAAUAUCAGCCAAUGUCAACUAUAAUAAGGAAAUACAGCAAAAAGCUGAUGUAAAACCUUCGAUGAGUGUGUCAAAGAUGCAAAAUCAAGGAUUUUUAGCUCCACAGACAUACUUGCAUAAUCUUGGUGGGACCCAGCUGGAUUACCUGGACAGUUCGUCAUCAGCAACUUCAGUUUGCCUUUCCCAGAAUGAUGUUCAUUUGCAGCAUCAUAACUCGAAUCAUUUAUCUUUUAACUCGCAACCAUUGCCAUUUAGAGAUACAAUUCAAGACGGGGAGGUUCAAGAUGAUCCCAGAAAUAACAUUCCGUUUGGGGUAAACAUGGACAACCGUUUGGAAAUGCCAUCAAUGAUUCCUGACCCUUUGAUCACAAAGGGAAUGAUGGGAUCUGAUAAAGAUUUCCAGAAUAAUCUCAGCUCAGGAGGAAUAAUUUCAAGUUAUGAAAACCCAACCAAGGACACUCAACCAGAACUCUCUUCAUCCAUAGUAUCUCAGUCGUUUGGAGUUCCUGAUAUGACUUUCAAUUCCAUUGACUCAACUAUAAAUGAUGGCAGCUUAUUAAAUAAUGGUGUCUGGGCCCCACCACCACAACCGUUUCAACGAAUGCGGACGUUCACCAAGGUAUAUAAACGAGGAGCAGUUGGAAGAUCAAUUGAUAUUACUGCAUAUUCAGGCUAUGAUGCUCUUAAACAAGAUCUGGCUCGAAGGUUUGGUAUCGAGGGCGAACUGGAGGACCGCCAGAGAAUUGGCUGGAAGCUUGUGUAUGUGGAUCAUGAGAAUGAUGUUCUCCUUGUUGGCGAUGAUCCUUGGGAAGAGUUUGUAAACUGUGUACGCUGCAUCAAAAUCUUGUCACCUCAAGAAGUUCAGCAGAUGAGUUUGGAUGGAGAUUUUGGCGGAAACAAUACUCUACAAAAUCAAGCUUGCAGCAGUUCGGGUGGUGGAAAAGUGUAAAGAUUAUAUUUCCAACUUUUUAACAUCUAGGAAAUUCUUGUUACUAUUAUCGUCGCAUUCUCACUAGGUUAGUCAGCCAUGGAUCCGUGUUCCAAGUUUAGCGGAAUGCUGGUUAUUUAUCCAUUAAUGGUCUUGGAAGUAUAAUGAGGGGGUAAGAUGUAGAUGGAGUUGUUAAAACACAUUUUGUGUAGACCAUGAUUGUUGCAGUAUAUUUUUGUUUUUCUUACUUGGUAUAGAAUAUCAUCAUCCGUUGUACAAAUAGAUGUCUAUUGCUCAAAUGCUUUUGAAGCAUUUUUAACGAGAGAAUUGCUUUUCCA